ACGAAUUAUUUGGCUUUGAAAACCUAGGAACAAUGACAUGUGACAAUGUGUAAUCCUUAGCCAGCAGUAAACCAGGUAAUUAAUUGCUCGCUAACUCGGCUCCCCUAUUUGUCUGCCAUACCCCCUCGGAAAUGCAUAUCCGGAGAACUUGAGAUCACUGCCAGUCCAACACAUUUUGUCUCGUCAGAAACUACCGAGCAUCCGAAGUGUGCAAGAAAGCAGCAACGAUGAAAGGCCUCUUACUAAUUUCAGGAAUUGCAGUAUUGAUCGUAGCAUAUUUUCUCGCCACCUCGCCUAGUUACAACGACGUGACCCUGAGCGAGCUGAGAGAGUCGUACGACUAUGUGAUUGUCGGUGCGGGCUCAGCGGGCUGCGUGCUGGCUGCGCGCCUGACGGAGAAUCCCAACGUCAGCGUGUUGUUGCUGGAGAGCGGUGGCCAUGAUAAUUUGAUGUUGGUGCGGGUACCACUGACUUCUCCCAAACUACCUCUAACCCGACUGAACUGGAUGUACAGGGCCGAUACGGAUCCUAGUGAACUAAUCGGUGAAAGAAAGUAUGGGGGCCAAGUGAACUGGGUGGCUGGCCGUGGUAUUGGUGGGAGUUCGUCCCUGAACUGGAUGAUGUAUACUCGUGGGCACGCCGAUGAUUUUAAUGCCUGGGAGAAAAGCGGUGCGAAGGGCUGGUCAUACGCGGAUGUACUGCCUUACUUCAAGAAAGCCGAGUCGUACAUCGGAUCUCAGCCAGUAGAUGAGGAAUACCAUGGUGAUGAUGGUCCACUGGCUGUUACGACAGCCGACCCGAUCACACCAGCCCUCGCGGCCAUUUUGGAUGCCGCCGAAGAAGCUGGCCAUGGCCGUACGCGUGACUACAAUGGUCAGAACCAGUUUGGAUUCGGCCGCACUCAGUACACGAUAAAGAACGGCCGCCGGUGGAGUGCCGCGGAUGCGUACUUACGGCCCGCCUGGCAUCGUCCAAACCUUCACAUCAUGACUGACGCACACGUCAGCCGCGUGCUGAUGGAGCAAAAAACUGCAGUCGGUGUUGAGUUUCUCCGGCCACAAACUGCAAACAUUGUGCAAGUCAGAGUCCGUAAAGAAGUUCUUGUUAGUGCUGGUGCGGUGGGUACACCCAAGAUACUCAUGCUCUCUGGGAUUGGUCCACGCGAGGAAUUGACCAAGCACGGCAUACCAGUCGUGAAGGAGCUCAAUGUUGGCAAGAACCUGCAGGACCAUGCAGUUACCUAUUUGCCAUUCCUGCUCAACGGUCAUCAUGGAUACACGCGGAAGGAUGCCGAGUCGCUGACCGGAGUCUUCAACUACUUUGUCCGCGGAACUGGACCGUUUUCAACCAGUGCUCUCGACGUGACCGGCUUUGUGCGUACUAAGUACGCCGUCGCCGACAACUGGACACAGCCCGACAUUCAGUUCUACGCCGCAUGCGUAGGCAUGGACCCAGAGGUUUCCCUCAGCAUGGCGAAUAUACGCACGGAAGUCGACGAGAUUCACGUCCGCAGCACUGGCAAGCGGGCCGCGGACAUCGACGCGUGCACGCUCUACACGAGCCUACUGCACCCCGAGAGCUCUGGAGAUGUAACACUACGAUCGGCGGAACCCCUGGACACGCCGGUCAUCCGACCAAGGUAUUUCUCUGAGCGCCGUGACAUCCAGGUAAUGCGAGAGGGCGUGAGACUCAUGUUACAACUCAUACGCACCAAAGCACUCAGUCGGUACGUGAAUGAAUCUGACGGCUUGACGGUGUUCAACACAAACCGCCGAUGGUCUUGCGGCGACUUAGAUUGGGACAGCGACGACUGCCUGGAGAGGAUUUCACAGUUGGUGGCGACGACUAGCUUUCACUACUGCGGAACGUGCAAGAUGGGUGCUGCCAGCGAUCACACGGCCGUCGUUGACGAAUCACUGCUGGUGCGUGGCGUAACUGGCCUGCGUGUUGUCGACGCGUCAGUCAUACCCUCCGAGACAUCUGGCAAUCUCAACGCCCCGGUCAUAAUGAUUGCGGAGAAGGCUGCUGACAUGAUCAAGCUCCUGUCCAUGAAAAGCAAAUUUUUGUUAGUUUUAUGUAGUGCAGUAUUGAUCGUGGCGUAUUUUCUCGCCACCUCGCCUAGUUACAACGACGUGACCCUGAGCGAGCUGAGAGAGUCGUACGACUAUGUGAUUGUCGGUGCGGGCUCAGCGGGCUGCGUGCUGGCUGCGCGCCUGACGGAGAAUCCCAACGUCAGCGUGUUGUUGCUGGAGAGCGGUGGUGAUGAUGACUUGGUGUCUGUGCGAAUUCCCCUGGCGGCUUCCACCCUGCCGUCCAGCAGACUCAACUGGAACUACAAGGCCGACACUGACCCUGGCGACCUGGCUGGCAGAUGGAAGUACGGAGGUCAAUUUAACUGGAUCGCUGGCCAUGGCAUUGGCGGAGGCUCGUCAGUAAACUGGAUGAUGUACACUCGCGGGCACGCCGAUGAUUUUAACGCCUGGGAGAAAAGCGGUGCGAAGGGCUGGUCGUACGCGGAUGUACUGCCUUACUUCAAGAAAGCCGAGUCGUACAUCGGAUCUCAGCCAGUAGAUGAGGAAUACCAUGGUGAUGAUGGUCCACUGGCUGUUACGACAGCCGACCCGAUCACACCAGCCCUCGCGGCCAUAUUGGAUGCAGCCGAGGAGGCAGGUUAUGGCCGCACGCGUGACUACAAUGGCCAGAACCAGUUUGGAUUUGGCCGCACUCAGUACACGAUAAAGAAUGGCCGCCGGUGGAGCGCUGCGGAUGCGUACUUGCGACCCGCCUGGCAUCGUCCCAAUCUUCACGUCAUGACGGGCGCACAUGUUAGCCGAGUGUUGAUGCGGCAGAAAAUCGCCGGCGGCGUAGAGUUUUUCCCCACGGUGUCCACAAGUGCGAUCCAAGUCAGAGUCCGUAAAGAAGUUCUUGUUAGUGCUGGUGCGGUGGGUACACCCAAGAUACUCAUGCUCUCUGGGAUUGGUCCACGCGAGGAAUUGACCAAGCACGGCAUACCAGUCGUGGAGGAGCUCAACGUCGGCAAGAACCUGCAAGACCACGUCAUAAGCGGGCUGUCGGUCUUGUUGAACGGGCAUCACGGUGGCAGAAGAGCGGAUGCGGAGUCGCUCAGCAGCCUGCUCAACUACUACGCUCGUGGCAGGGGACUGCUGGCGACGUCAGCGCUGGACGUUACGGGGUUUGUACGCACCAGCUACGCCAUCGCGGAGAACUGGACACGUCCCGACGUACAGUUCUACGUCAACUGUAUGGGCAUCGACCCGGACCUUGAUACCCGGAUGGGCAACAUGGAUAAAGGUAUUGUUGAGCUGGCAGUGCGCAGUGCGGGCAUGCGUGCUGAGGACAUCAACGCUUGCUCAGUAUACAUGAGCCUAUUGCAUCCGGACAGUGUUGGACACAUGCGGCUACGAUCAACAGGGCCGUUUGAUAGCCCGCUGAUUCGGCCCAUGUACUUUUCGCAGCGCCGUGACGUCCAAGUGCUGGCCGAGAGUCUGAGGAUGUUGCUGCAGCUCCUAAAGAUGAACGCUCUCAGCCCGUACGUCAAUGGGUCGAGCACGUUGGCAGUGUUCGAUGCGCUGCGCACCAAUGUGUGCCCUGGGCUGGCACUGGACAGUGACGAGUGCUUGGAGAGGUACGUGCAAGCCUACACCUCCACCAGCUACCACUACUGUAGCACAUGCAAGAUGGGUGCUGCUGACGAUUCGACGGCCGUUGUGGAUGAAGCACUGCGGGUGCGUGGCGUAGCCGGACUACGCGUUGUCGACGCAUCUGUCAUGCCAUCGGAAACUUCCGGGAAUCUGAACGCACCGACUAUCAUGAUUGCCGAGAAGGCGGCUGACAUGAUAAAAGAGCGCUGGGGCUUAGAGCUACCUGAAUAACCCGCUGUCCAGUGUAGAAAUUGUGGUAUGUGCUGUGUCCACACACACACACACAGAGUCUUCUAAUGGAUUUGUUUGAAAGCAUGGUGACUAGGGAAUGUUUGAUCAUUCCUGUGACUCUCCCGUCUUGAAUUUGAAUGAUCGUUCUCAGCAGGUCUGAGUACUUAUCCAGCACCUUAGAGUUUGCUAUUCCCAGGGCUGUUUAUACUGGAGGGACUCGAACUGAUUUCAGGGGCUGUGUUCAAGCGUCCCUGCUGUUGGUGCUGGUGUAGGGACUUCGGGUGUGAUUUUUGAUUCUGCCGGACCUUGACCUGAAUCCUCCUUUUCUCUUUUCAUCUUCCUUUUGCUGUAGAAUUGAUUCGUAGGAGCUGUGAAUCCGUUAGGUCACUUUACAGUCGAUUGUUAUUUUAAAAUGAUAUGCUGUACUGAGAUGGUGAGCAAAGGCAAAACAUUGUAACAUGGAAAAAUGUGGGCACAAGUUAUGCGAUCGAGUCCACCAACUAAACCAGAUUGUGAUUUUGAUUUUGAUAUUCUGUACUGUGCAGCUUUUUGGCUUUCUUUGCAACACAGAAAUUUAUACCUAUACUAUCCUGCUUAUUCUGAUAAAGUCAAGCCGGUACAUACUAUUAUAAUGUGUAUACAUCCAAAACCUGUACAUGUAUUAACUUGUC